UAAAAUCGAAUUUGUACGACAGGCGCCGAUCGCGUGGCUUUGAAUUUUUGCCUAAGAAAAGUGGGGAAACGGGAUCCUUGACAAGUUAGAGAACAAACGAGGGCUCCGGCUAUCAAGGGAAAACAGUAUGUAACACGAAAAUGCAGUGGGCUCGGCAUCGUGAUGGAUGAUGGGAAAUGCUUAUUAGACGUGAUCAGUGACCCGCAAGCCUUAAAAGAAUUUUUUCGCAGUACCAGUCAGAUUGCAUUUGUUGAGGGUAAAGUACCACCUUUGAGUGACGAAACUGAUAAUAAACCUGAAGCAAGCAACAAUAUUUCAAGAAGUGACAACACUGCUUUUUCAACAUGCAGUUCUCAGUCAUCAAUCUCUCAAAGUUCAAAUUCAAGUACAACAUUGACUGGGCACAUGAACCAGCAAAGCACACCAUUGGCCCACUUCUCCUUUCCAUCUAGUUCGGGAAAUGGCCAGGGAAACUUUUUGGCAAACGAUUUAUCUUCGAUAACUAACGGCUUAACAAACAACACCAGGACAAACGACUUAACCACGGUCAGCAGCUCAAGAAGCACCAGUGUUUCUUUGAACAACCAACACUUGCUAACCUCAAAAGCAACUAUUCCAAAUACAAGCAGUUUGUCAUCGGUUGGUGCAAACCAAGUCGGCAUCUCUACUCUGCAAACUACCUUAACAAAUUCACCUCUAUCUUUUGCCUUAAGUGAUACAGGCAAAACAAGGAAUAUUUUAUCAACCAGCUCAGUAUCCUUAGCAACUGCUGACAAACCUCUUGCUGUCUCCCCAAAACAGAUUAUCAACCAGCAACCCACAAAAUCUACUCCACCACGACGACCACAAAACCUUAAGGGUUUGCCACUGCCCAUAUUACGGCCCAAAGGUAUUGCACCUAGACCUCAAAAUGCUUCAACUCCAGCAACACAAAACACCUCACAAAUUACAAUUGAUGGAAAUUUACUAACCCAGGGUAUUAAAACUGUGCCCAUUAAAGGUCAACCACAGCUAGUUGCAAUUCGACCGAAACUCAUAAUCGCCCAAUCAAAUCCAAGUGGACCUGUGCAGAGCACCCAGGCCGGCCUUGGGACCUCAAAUACUAGGCCAAAACAAAAUUUACAAAAUGCAUUCACACUUGGAGCUAAAGGACAAACACAGUUGCCAAAACAAAUUCUGAAUACUUUAACUGUACCACAACUUCAACAAACAGUGUCAAACCAAAUUGGGAAGUCAGGUUUAGCUAGUUUGGUUCAGCUACAACCAAAACAGAUUGCCCCAAAGCCUGAGCAAGUUUCAACUGCUCAAAGUGCAAAGGUGAAGCAAACCCAAGAUCAAGCCUAUUUGCAGCUGGUGCAAAAUUUACUGGCACAAACACAGUUUCAGACAAACGUUGGACAAAAGGAUUUGAAACAAGCAUCCGGUUUGGGCCAGGAAAGUUUGACCCAACAGCAAAAGCUGGCACAACAAAAUCAGUUGAAAAAGUUGUUGCAACAGAAUCAACUGGUACAGCAAGCAUUGCAAGCUCGAGUGCAGCAGCAACAACAACAGCAGCAACUUUCACAACAACAACUUUCACAACAGCAACUCACACAGCAACAAAUCUCACAGCAACAGCAACAACUUUCACAACCACAACAACUUUCACAACAACAGCAACUCUCACAGCAACUUACCCAUACUCAUUCACAACAACAACCACAGCAACAAUUGCUCCAAAUGAAAUCCCCGCAGAUGAAUGCCGCCAACACAGUCACAGUGACACAACAAGCUCAACCUCAGGUGCCUUCGACAACUAUCAAUGCAGCAAACUUGGCCUCGCAACUUAAAGAAGCAAUCAAUACGAAACAACUACAGCAGUUUUUGGAGAAGAACCCAGUUGUGGCUCAACAACUAAAACAACUGAAUCUAAGACAAGCUGGUCUUAUAAGCAAUGCUAGACCACAAAAUGUUACACCUGGAAAUACAGUAUCCACAACAGUUGCAACUCCAGUUAAAACAGUAGUCCAGCUGCAGAAACCUGCACUAACAGUUGGAGAUUUACAGAAAACUACUGGAAACCAAUUACAAACUGUUGGAAUAUUACAAAAGUCUGUUGUAAACCAACUGCAGAAACCAGCCCAAAGCAUUGCUCAUUUGCCAAAGACUACCUUGAACCAACUACAGAAACCAAGUACAAAUUUAACUCUCUCUCAAAAUCCUAUUGUUUCAAGUAUGACUCAGUUACAAAAAGCCGGCACUACAAACAUUGUGACGCAAUUGCCCAAAUCUACUUCUUCUUUGACACAUGUUACCAUUGCCAACCCCAAGAAAGUAAUCACCAUACCAUCCACUGGUCAAAAUACCAGCAUACAGAAGACAGAGCAAAAACUAGCUACAACUCAAAAAGUGGUCAUAGUUCAGAACUCUAACACCCUCAGCAUGGCAGCAGCCAGCGAUGGUCAGCCAAAGGUUUUGCUUCAAACGAAAGAGGGAAGACCAAUAUUACUAUCACAGGAACAGUUUAAACAAAUCCAAGCACAGUUGGCAAGCAAAAAUUUGAGUAUUCAAGGCAAACUUGUGACAGCAUCACCUGUUACGACAAAAACAGCAGCUGUGAAACCCCAAGUUGUUGUGAAAAGCGAGCCUGGUGCUAUCAAGGUUAACCAGAAAGUCCAGGCAUCGACUCCUAAAUCCCAGAUUAAACAGGAUGUAACAAAAAGUGCAAAACGACCAAUAAAGGCUGUUGAAACAGAAGAGUCCAAAUUGAUAAAACGGGUGAAGCUUACUGUACAGAAGGACCAAAAUGAUGUUUGCUCCACAGACAUACACAAGCCAUUCAAAUCACAACAAGAUGCAAUCACACGCCUUACACCAUAUCACGUCUACUCAGAACCCAUCCCCAACGCCAGAAUGCAACAUAAAGCAAAUGUAUUACUGGACAAAUUGGCUUUACAACUAACAUAUAAAAGUGACAAGAUGAUUGACAAAUAUCGACAGUUACUGCUCAAUGAUAUGCAGCGAGAUGUACCCUCAGCUGAGGUAGUCAUGGUCAACAGAAUAUACCUAGCCGACGAGAAAGCUGCUUUGCUACAGAAGAAACAAACCAUAUUAGAAGAAGCUAAACAAAUGGCUCAAACAGUAAGAUCAACAUUGAAUCAAACAAACCCAAGUGACAGCAAUUUAACCGUUAAUGAAACCACCACUACAGAUCAACUAUCAACUGUUUCGACACAAGACCUACAUCCAGAUACAUCCGAACCUAUCGAGAUCAGUGAUGAUGAUGACUCAUCGCCGAUCACAUCAGCAAAUAGUUUUUUAACACAGGUUUCUAACACCAGGACAGAAAUGAAUGUUAUAAACAGAACGUUAGAACCUGGUUGAUAUAUACCCU